AGCACAUCAAAAUGUGAGGAAGGGAAUUCUGGAAGGACAGUCUGAGCACAUGACCAUUAAAAUUAAAUUUAAUGACCGUUAUAAUUCCCCUCCAGUAUCCAGUAUGAAAGUGUUGUAACGAAACCUAUUUUUAAAAAAGCAAUAAAAAAUUUAAAAACCAGAUUCCCUGCCUGGAUAAGCAAGGUGGGCUUGCUAGUAGAUCCUGGGAAGUACAUUAAGACUCCUGGAUUUCCUGACAUCCUAGGGGAGAGUAGGUUCAGGAUUUAUUUCUGACAUUCAGUGAGGAGCCAGGAAUCACAGUUGAGGAAAAUGCUUGCCUAUCCCAGGUCCUAGGGCAGAGACUUGGAAGUAUAUAACCCCAUGAGGCCAACCACCACCAAGAGCCUGUGGAUCCCCUUGGAAAGGGCUGGCACUGCCCACUUGCUGCAUGUGAGCCCAGAAGAGACUGCACUGCUAAGCUGGACAACUUCAUUUCCUAUAUCCUGGAGAAGUCGCCACCAGCUAAAUAUCUCCUUCCAGAGGUGACGGUGCUUGACUAUGGAAAGAAAUGUGUGGUCAUAGAUUUAGAUGAAACAUUGGUGCACAGCUCAUUUAAGCCCAUUAGUAAUGCUGAUUUUAUUGUUCCGGUUGAAAUUGAUGGAACUAUACAUCAGGUGUACGUGCUGAAGCGGCCGCAUGUGGAUGAGUUCCUUCAGAGGAUGGGGCAGCUCUUCGAGUGUGUGCUCUUUACUGCCAGCUUGGCUAAGUAUGCAGACCCUGUGGCUGACCUCCUAGACCGCUGGGGUGUGUUCCGAGCCCGGCUCUUCAGAGAAUCGUGCGUUUUCCAUCGUGGAAACUACGUGAAGGACCUGAGUCGCCUGGGACGAGAGCUGAGCAAAGUGAUCAUCGUCGACAAUUCUCCUGCCUCGUACAUAUUCCAUCCUGAGAAUGCAGUACCUGUGCAGUCCUGGUUCGAUGACAUGACGGACACAGAGCUGCUGGACCUCAUCCCCUUCUUUGAGGGCCUAAGCCGUGAGGAUGACGUGUACAGCAUGCUGCACAGACUCUGCAAUAGGUAGCCCCAGCCUCGGCCUGCUCCUGCCUGUGCACUCUGGAACCUCCGGCUCAGGGGAUCUGCCUGGCCUCAGCUCACCACGCUGAAAGUGAGGAGACUCUGUGCUUCGAGCCACAGUGUGAAUGUGGCCAUUCCUACCUGUUUUGUUUUCUAAGGACAGAAACAACUAUUUUAAAAAGAACUCUUUUAACAGAUUUCAUAAAGGAACAUUCAUUUUACUGGAUUUGCUUUUCUUAAAACAUACCAAAAAGAAAAAAAAUGAAAAAAAAAAAAAAAAGCUUGUUAUCUAUUAGACUUCCUUUCACCUGUCCUGCCCUCCAAGCAGACAACCUUUUCUCUUCUGUCCCCAGCUCGGAGCAGCUGACCCAACUCAGAAUCUCUUUCCUACAGGAUGAAGUGCCUUUUUGAAUGUUAUUUUAAGCUGAGAGUUAAUUUUUCUAUAUAACCUGUUUCCAGACAUCUUUUUAGUCUUUUAUUGUCUUAGAUACUCUAGGAAGAUGAACAUGACAAUUUUCCAGAACCUGGUGGGGUGGCAUGGUGGAGAGUGCUCGGGAGGAGAGUGAGUUACAGGAGCCUAUCUCCCAAAGGUGUGGCUGUUCUCACAGCCUAUAGCAUGCUGCAGGGUCAGGCUCCCUUUUGCAGGAGUUUGUUAUGAUAAUGUCGCUGUUUCUACUCAAUUCUGACUGUUGGAAUAUAUCUGAAACUGUUGUUUAACAUUUUAUGAAACAAUAGAUUUCUUUUAUGAUUUUUGAUGAUGUAAAAAUUGUCUUGAGGUUCCAUUUCCCCUUGAAAAGGGAUAUCAUGUCACUUCAGCUUUCACACUACUGUCAUAUUUCUGUAUUUUUUGUUAUUCUCUUGUUACUGGUUUUGGUAGAACAGCUACAAGAAAACUUAAAACCCUUAGAUACUUAAAAAAAAAAAAAAACCUAUUUAUUGAUUUUUAAAUCUUUCCUUUCCAAAAGCUGGAAACACAUGGAGCUGUUUUGGGGAUUUUCUUUGCUGCUACCGUGCUGCCACCAAAUGGAAUUGACCAGCGGCUGUUACACUGUUCUUUGCCACUGUGCCUAUGCUCAGAAUAUGCUCACUGCUAAGCUGCAAACUCGGACAGGGUCAGAAACAGGUGUCCCACCCCAUGCAGACUGCACCAGCUGUCUCCCUUUCCUGGCCCUGGCCACAAGGAAUGCCAAUGGGCACAAAGGCAAAAGGGCCAGACCACCACACAGGUGUGGCAUUAAUUUUAAACUGCAGUCAACAUCAGAUCUUGUGAUAAGCUGACUGUUCUCUCUUGAGAACCUGUGGCCUCACCAGCCUCCAAGCUGAUGUAGCCCAAGUCCGUCUCUUGGUCUUCUCAGUGGAAGCACAGCCUGUUUGAGCCAAGGGUUGGAGAAGCCUGUCUAGAUGUGAAACUUAUCGCUCCAGACCAGGGCUCAUCUCCUGAGCCCCAGGUUUCCUUGCAGCCUCUCCCAGUUUGGUGUUUAAGCAGUGCCAUGUUCCUUGUUUGACAACAAGACAGUCUGUAAAGUAUUGCUCUAACAAGAACCCUUUUGUGUUGGAACUGUUGCCUUAGUCCUUUGUGGGUUGGGCCUCAGCCAGAGUUCUGGUGGGAGCGACUGACACUAAUAAGACUCAAAAUUGGAGGUCAAAGUAAAAUUUGUUUUUUUCCUUUCAUUCACAGAAUAAUGAAGCCAGCUGCCAAUCGUGUCCUCCCAAUAGCACUCUGGUCUGUGAACUUCUAUGCGUUCAGAAGAGAAAUAUUCAGGGGGUAGUAAGGUCUCCCAACAUUCUGGGUGUUCUGAUCCCAGUAAUCUACAUGCCAAUUAAAAUAGAAAUAGCCCUUUGCUAGGCAUUACUAUGAAUAAUAACAGUUACUUAGCAGAUCUGCCCAUGCCAUAAACCUUUAUUUGGAAAACCAGUCAUUAAAUGACCCUGCUGCCUUAAAUGUCUUUGAAUGUUGCAGUCAAGUGUCUAUCAUGUGUUAUAUGCACACAGAAUGAGGCCCUGAUGAGCGCCUCAGACCUUCACCCAUGCCUCCUUCUGUGUUGGCAUCACAGGUCCUUAUUUGAAAGAGGGAACAGAAAGGAUUGAAAUUCCACAAUAUUCCAGGGGAAGUGAGCCUAGGAACAGUGCUCCACUUCAGAGAUACCUAAGCCAGACCCUUCAUUUCGUAGCUUUGCAACUUUGAGCUUGCUACACCCACUCAGUGAGGUGCUGCUGGGGGCCUGGUUCCUGCUUCCACAGACCCAAUGUCUUGGGAGGGCAGCAGAGCCUCUGAAGGUUCUGGGAUCUGUGCACCUUAUUUGACCACACUCCAAAAUGCCAUUUUAUUUUAGCCCUUGAUUCUGCUUUAUGUACAUAAUCAAAAUAUGUAUAUCUCUAUAUAUUUUUAAUCAUCUACAUAUAAAUGAAGCAAUAGAAUUCUAUCAUAAGGCCAAGAAAUGAGAUGAAUGUUUGGGGUUUAUUUUUUUAAGGUAAAUACGGGUAUUGUUUUUUAAUUAUUACCUUUUAUUAAAUUGUGGGCUUUAAAACCUAAUGAAACCUGUUAACUAACUUCUCUGUGCCAUAUAUUUCCCACAUUACCAAAAUACUCUAACUCUUUAGCCAGAAGGGAAGUCUGACCUCUUGAGUUUCCAUGGUCCUUUCAGUACCAGGUUAAAACAUAGUCUCCUGGACAAGUGCUUUUAACAUUAAGAUCUAGGGCAAGAUUGCUUGGGUUUGUGGACUCCAGCCCACUGUGAUGAUAUGACAUCUCUUGCCAAGCCCAGAGGGGUACCAGGCACUCCUUACGAUGUUAGUGCUCUGUCUUCCAUUUACUCUGGAGUGCUACUUGUUGCUCUGUGGUUUCAUGCACUAGCUGUUUGUAAACAAUGCAUUUGUGUCCUAAUAAGAAACACCACCUGUCACAGAUGGUGAGGAACCUUCUUUGACGAUGGUGCAAUUCUGAUGAGAUGAUCUGGGGGACAUGAGGAUGCCCUAAUGACUAACUUGUCAUUGUUGCAGCAUUUGAACUUUGGGUGUUAAAAAAAAAAAUCUGUAAAUCUAUAUAACCUGGCAACAUUUUAUAAUCCUGUAUUUUAAAGAUGGCUUUCUAAUAAAAUCCAGAAACACACAGCCCUAGGUCAAACACUCGUGACGUUUGUGCCUCUGCUUUUAAAGGUGCUGUGUGAACACUUGGCAGGCCAGGGCUCAAGAAGAGUGGAUGGCUUGACGUACUUGCAGUCACCUGUGUAAAAAUCACUGGCUGCCUCCAUUCCUCUGUUGCUGUAAAUCAGAUUGUGUCUGUUCCUGCUUUCCUCCCAGGAGCUUCUAUGCAGACUGAUACCCCCAGCAGUGGAGAUGUUGGUGUCUGGAUAGUCAUGGGUUUCUGCUAGACAUUUGAAUGUGAUGUUAAAAAAAAAAUUCUAGCACUACUUGGGAAAUACUACAUGUGGAACGUGCACGUUUCCAGGGGCGAGUAUUGUCAAUUGAGAGAUUUGCAAUGAUUUACUUCUGCCAAAAAUAAACACAAAACUGCGCCCUCUUGUGGAUGGAAUGCUUCCCCAGUGGCAGCGCCUCCGUCCAUUCUCUGCCACCUACACAACCUCCUGCCAGCACCUUGGGUUCCUGGUGUCCCCACUUCUGGAGAGCAGGGUAAAUGGAGCAAGGCUUCAGGACCCUGAAGGAGCUCAGUAACUGUCUUGCCCAAAUUGCCUGUCACCUGAAAGGCACCAGCAUUUUGACCCUCUGGCUCCCUCCCCCAGACAGAAGUUGUCUGGUUCACCAUCCUCCCUCAAGGAGUCCAGCCCUACAGCAGGCUUCCCAAUGCAGCAGGAGAAAACUGUAGCCUCCACCUGUAAGAGCCACAGGCAUUGUGCAUGAUGCUUAACCCUGUGGCUAUGAGUGCACAGCUGAGAUGUUGUGAUAGCCAGAAACCUGGCAAGGAGUCAGAAACACAGUAGGGAUGUGGCAGAUGGGUUUUCUGACAGCGGGACACCCUGUAGACUGCCCUCCACCAGCCCCUCUGUUAAUGAAAUAAAAGGAACGGCAGUGCUCAGGCUCCUGGCAGGAGCUCACCACUGUCAGGAAUCUGUUUCUUCAUAGCAGUGCCUAAUUCAGAUAGUAAAACACCAGAGUCAACGGUAUCAUCAGAUAGGUCUUAUCACCAUUUCAUGGAUGAACAAAGCAAUGUCACUAAGAAAACUCUACAGUUUCUGUUUUAUUAUGGGAUACUGAGC